AUGCUAAUGGAAUACAUAUAUCCAAGUAUAUUGGAUAAUAUUGACGGUCUCACCAUAACAUCCAUUAGCGACGAAGAGGAGAACUAUGAAUCAGAUUGUCGCGAAAAGGACGAAGACGAAGACUAUUAUUUCGAAGGUUCUUUGUUCGAGUCUUACCAUCAACACGAAGAGAAAGAAUACACCUAUCUUCCGAAAGAUGAAUGUAAAUAUCUUACAGGGGACGAGAGAGUGGACACGUGCAUUUUAGGGGAUGAUGAUUCUCCACCCAUGGUGUUCUGCCUCAGUUGUGAAAGAAAAAGACUUGAUGAGUGUGAAUGCCUUGAUCUGGAUGGUAAUGAUUAUGUGCCAGAAGAAAAAGAAGUUCACGAAAAUCGUUCGUUCAUGUUUUGCGACGUCUGCAACAAAGAAGGUCAUUUCAUUAGAGAUUGCCGUGUACAUUUUUGGUCGUGUGAAAAAGUAAAUCUCGCGAAAAAAAGUCGCCAAAAGGAAAGGAAAAGUAAUGAAAAGCUCCUUUGCAAUCAUAUGGAAAAGGUAGAUUGGAAGACUAUUGGGAGAGUCAACGGCCUUAGCAAGGAAAAAGAAACAUUACAGACACCAAAAAAAUUCAUCAAACAGAAAACCCAGCAAUUAAAUGUCGCUGAAAAAAAGGGUAAAAAUGAGAUGAAUAAGUGGAAGAGGAAAAGAAGGCGUCUUGCGAAAAAAUAUGGUUGA